GUGGCGUGUGUUGGGAUAAUUCGAGUUCAUAAUUAAUAAAACUAACAAUCUAAUUUACGAAGCCGUGAAAAAGUCAUUUAAGGAUACUCGAUUGAUUUUUGCAAUCGCUAUAUUAUAGCGAAUUUGCAGUGGUGUUUCACAGCGGGCGAGCGAGAUGUCACUAUUGGUAUAACGAAAGUAAAUAAAGAGGAAGAAGAGCGAACUGUCAAACGUGAAAAUUUUACAGAAGAAAGAAAAUUUUUCGCCGUGGCGACGUUAUAGUUGCAAUUCUCCUAAUGAAGCCGAAAUAAAAUAGUUUAUAACUUUUUAAGAAUUUUAGGCAGACAAACGGAAGUCAUAUAUAACAUCGACUAAAUUUCGGGUGGUGUGCCAGACGUGUUUAAUCAUUACUAAUUAAAAAAAGCAGUAAUUAUUUUAUAAAAAAAACGAGUUUGGGAGUAUCAGUAGCUAAAUAAACGACGUAGAAAAUACUAAAUACGUGAAAAAAGUGAACAAAAAUGUUUUGGGACAAAAGUUACACACCGUCGCAAAAUAUAGAGGCGUUGCUGGAGAAAGAGAAUGUAAGCGUGGAGGAAUUUCUGGACGAUGAUGAUAUAUUAUUGGAGUGUAGAUCACAGAAAAAAUCCAUUGUUAAUUAUUUCACUCGUCCCGAUGUAAUCAAACGCCUUGUUGAAUUAAUCACAACAGAGCCGUCAGACGAUCUACCUUUGGCACAAAGAUAUCGCCAUGCGCAUAUGGCUUGUGAAAUUUUAACGUUCGGCUUACCGUCCUUAGAUGAAAAGCUAUUGUCUGAUGAAGAUUUAUUGAAAACUCUUUAUUCAUAUCUGGAAAAUGAACCACCGUUGAAUCCUUUGCUAUCGUCAUUUUUUAGCAAAACAUUUAGUAUGCUCUUCACAAGAAAGGCUGAACAAGAUUGGUUUUUGUAUCAACAAAUGUGCCUACAACUCUUGGAAUACAUUAAGUCGCAAAAUAAUUUUUUGGAUUUGAUUAGUAAGCAUUUUUCCACACCCGUUAUACCCGAUUUGAUAAUGCAAAUGAUGAGGGAAGUAGAAGGCGGUCAGAUGAAACGGAAUUUAUAUGAAUGGCUCACUGAAGAUAAACUUGUAGAGAGACUGGUUGAAAUAAUUGGUAAUCCCCAAGAAACCGACAAACAUGCAAAUGUUGCGGAAUUUCUCUGUGAUUUAAUACAACAAGGUCGUUCCAUGCGUCAUAUGGAGCAAGAGAACGACUCGUUUGAGCCUACAUUCGAUGGUUCGAAUCCAAUUUUGAAAUGUAUCGAAAGUGAGCAAAAUAUUGAAGCCUUGUUGAAUGUGAUUUUAGAACCAAAUGCGCAAGAGAGCGCAGUUGUAUCAGGAAUAUCGGUUGUACUUAUGCUUUUAAAACCUGUGGUGUUUACUGAUGAACCUAAUUCUGAUCGUAUGAAAUACAUACAAAAUCGUGAAAAAGAGAUUCGUGAACAAAUACUCUCCACUGUGAUUCGUGUCAUUGCACCGCGUCUUAAAGAUUUCAACGAGCUACUCAGAAACCCGCCAAAAAAACCAGAAAUAGUAACUACAGCAGCUAAGCUAACGCAGCCUUUUGGAAUGACCCGUUUGCAAAUCUGUCGUAUUUUUACAGUAUUAUUGCAGACUAAAAAUGAAGAGAUUUCGAAAGCCGUCUGUGAAACGGAUUUCUUCGAAACCCUACUCACCCUAUUUAAGCAAUAUUGUUGGAAUAAUUUUUUGCAUAGCGAAGUUGAAAAAUGUCUUCAAUUAGUAUUUUAUACACAACUAUCCAAUAAUAAUUCAACACAAGGCAGUACAAUUGUAAAUGAUGGUUCAUUCAACAAAGCCGAAAAUAAUUCCGAAAAUACAUCAUUUUUCGAUUUUGUUUUUAAGUCUGAUAAUAGCAAGAAUGAUAAAAUUGAGGCUAACGAAGAAAGUGAAAAUCUCGAAAAAGUAGAAAAAAAUACAGUCGAAAAAGAAGAUGUUGAAAUGAAAGCCGAAGAACAAAUCGGCGACGGUAAAAAUGAAACAUCAACCGAAGCUACAAACGAAAAAUCUGAAGCAACAGCGAAUUCCAAUGCCAUGGAAACCGAUGAUGGUGCUGUUGCAAAUGAAAAGUCAGCAGAGGAUAAAGAAAAAGCCAUCGAUGCGAAAGCAGAUGAUGAAGAAAAAGAAGAUGAGGAGAGCGAGUUGAACAAAACAAAAGUUCAUACCGACAGUGGUCCGUCCGCUUUACAAAUACACGUGGUGGAAAAAUGCCAGCUGGUUUCCAAACUAAUUGAUUGUUGGAAAUAUAACGCAGAGAUGGAAUCAGCGGAAAAAGGUCGCCGUCUUGGCUAUAUGGGACAUUUAAUAAAAAUAUUCAAACAUAUUACGGAUAGUAUAUCAGAAUCUGAACAUAUCGGUGCCUUAAUUGAGAGUAAUUUAAGUGAUGAGUUUGAAUUAAAAUUGUGGCAAUCAAUAAUAAAUCCAACCGAUGGUGAUCUUACAAAGGCCUUAGCCACACAAAAUAAAAUGUUAGCGAAUUGUAAUGCCCACGAAGCGGGCGACUAUAGCCAACAUUUACCAAAAGAUUUUAUGGGUGAUAAUAGUACUUGGGACUACAUAAUGUCAUCGAAUAUGAUCAAUAAUCUUGGAUUUAGUGAUUCCGGUUCAAACGACAUAGUUUAUGCGCUUGAACAUGACAUCUAUCGCAAUAGUCUAAACGAUGAUAACGCCGAAAACGACCUUAAUUUGUUUCAGUUCGGUCGCAAUAUUGAAGACGAUGACGACGAUGAUGAUGAGAACAACGCCGGCAAUGAUGGUAGCGGUGGCAGCGGUGUUGGUUCCUCUCUCUUUGGCAAAAGUGCCGUUUCAACAUCAGCACUACAAGCAUUCGGUGUUACCAACAAUCCAUGGGAUCAUAUGGAUCCAUUCUGCGAUAUGACUGCGAAUAGCAAUUCAACACCAUGGACAGCUGAUUUCAAUUCGGAUAAUUUUGCUGAUUUCGAUUCGCAUUUCAGUUCGUUCACCAAUGAUUUGGGCGAGAGUUUGGUUAAUGCAGCAUCUACGACAGCAGCAGCAACAGCAACAACAGCGACAACAGCAACAACAACAAAGGCUACACCGGCAACUACAGAUAAUAGUAAUAAUGAUGUUGAAAGUAAUGAUAGCAGCAAUGAUGGCAUUGCUAAUAUACAGCAACAGCAACAGCAACAACAACAAGAGUCCAAUACAAUAGACAACGAUACAGUGUUGAGUGCAAUCGGACGGGCUAAUAGCGCGCCCAUAAUGAGCGACAGGAAAUCCGAAACGGGUUACGAUAAUAAUGCUAAUGUAGAGAAGAGCAUAACCUUGAUAGCACAAGAGAUUGGCGAAUUCGCCGACGGUACAGAUUUGUCCGACAAUUUAGAUGUGUCGAAUGAGAAGGCCUUGGCCACUUCAUUGGUGCGUACACUGCAAUCGGUUAUGCAAGAUUCCGAAGAUGAUUAUGAGGAUGAUGAAGGCAUGUGGACUAAACCGCUGGGCGGUAGUGCAAUCGAUGCAGACGAUGAUGGAAGUGAUGACGGCGGCGGCGAACAGAAACCGAAUGAGCUGCGUUACACCAACGGUCCAAGUAGCAAAGACGCUCAUGAAAAUGAUAAUACACAUAAAUUAAACAAAACUGAGGAUGAUGAUUCCAGCACAAUUACACCGGCGUUAAUGGCGGCGGCGGCGGGGGCGGCACAUAUCAAUGACAUCGAAGGUAGUGAGAAUAUCAAAAGUGCUGCUACAAUUAGCGGUACAAAACGCACAAAUAGUUCCACAUCGCUAGACGCCGCCAACGAUGUGGGUUGCAAUGCCACAGCUAUGGCUAAGACAACGACUGUUUUUACAUCAACUAUUAAACUAAGAACUACAAAUCGGUGCGCAUAAGAACUUAAUACAUGCGGACAGUCAAAGUGUAUUACUUACUUCACUAUUACUUCCCUGUAACUUUGUCAGAAUACAUAAUAUACGAGUAAAUGAUAAUUGGUCUGCUAAAGUAUUUUGCAUAUUAUGUGAGUGGAAUGUAUUCAAUUGUUAGCUUUAAUAUUAGCGACUGUUAAAAUGUAUAAGCAAAUAAAUAUAAAUGAAUCCUUGAGCUAAAGAGAAUUUAAGUUUAUAUAACUGCAUACAUACAUACAAAUGUUAAUAAAAAAUGUAUUCAAAUUAUAAGACACAAUCCUAAUAAGUUUGUAAAAAACAAAUCAAUCAAAAAGUUUGUAACAUACA